UGACCAAUGAAAGAUUACUGGGUAUCACACCAAUCACAAUCAAGAUAAGAAGAUCACACAAUAUUGCUAGCACAAGAAACAGUGGCCGUAGAGACUGUCAUAAAAGGCAGAGAGAGUUGGGAGUACUACUCCGAUUAGUGAGGCUUGCGUUUAGGGCCGGCCAUGGAGAAGUGCUAUUAUUCUGGAUGGCCUGAAGAAGGGGAAGAAAAGUGGGCUCAUUUGCAGUGUCAUGCUGCACUAAACGAGGAGUCGUCCUAUCUAGUCCCCUGGCCGCUACCGCCUCAUGACCAUGUAUCAUCAGCGUCCACCUGCUCCAGAUUCCAAUUCCAUGGCUUCCCAACUGAAGGAGGAGGGGUUGGAGAAGAUGGAGGCGCAACUGCUUCCAAGAGCCAUAGCCAAGCAGAGAAGCGGCGCAGGGACAGGAUUAAUGCGCAGCUUGCAACUCUUAGGAAACUGAUUCCCAAGUCUGAUAAGAUGGACAAGGCGGCUCUAUUAGGAAGAGUGAUUGACCAUGUGAAGGAUCUCAAGCGAAAAGCAACGGAAGUUAGCAAAGCCUGCUCGCUUCCAACAGAAGUAGAUGAAGUAACCAUUGACUGUGAUCUUGGUCAAGACGUAAACCUCACUAAAUUAGACAAAGCCGGCGACAACAAUAUUUUCAUAAGAGCUUCAUUUUGCUGUGAUGAUCGGCCGGAGCUGUUUCCGGAGCUCAUCCAAGUCCUCAACGGCCUACGACUGACGGCAGUUAAAGCCGAUAUAGCGAGUGUGGGUGGCAGAAUUAAGAGCACGUUGGUUCUUUGCACCAAGGAAAGUGAUGAGGCGGGCGUUUGCCUUAACACUCUCAAACGGUCCCUUAAAUUAGUUUUGUCUAAACUUGCUUCGUCUUCUAUGGUAUCGAAUUGUCGAAUUAGAAGCAAAAGGCAGAGGUUCUUCUUGCCUUCUUACUAUUCACAAUAAUCUUGCCGAUCGACGAACAUUUCUCAUGAAUUCUGGGUCGUAUCAGAGUUACACUGCUUUAUUUUUCUUCUUUUUUACCUCCCUUGAGAGUUGAGACAUGCGCUGUCCCCGAACAGUCACUGUCAGGGAAACGUAGAAAUGUUCGGUGGCACGGCCAAAGUACUCGAAUCAUUCAUGUCGUUUCCUUUCCUACCAUAUAAAAGAAGGGGAUCGAGUUCAUUGUAUGAAGACACUUUCUCUUAUGUGCCUCUAAAUAACAGUUGCUUUUUUUUCUCUUCUUUUCUUUCUUUAAUUAAUGUGUUUUGGAGAGUGAUAUAAAAGUGAUUUUUUUCUUUGGGUUAAAUAUAAAA